CAGCAACACUGGCAAGGAGUAGUUUUUGGAAUUUUGCUGUCGAGUCAUUUUAUAAUUUUGUUCAUCUAAUCAAGUUCAGGAUAUGUCGAAAAAUAAAUUGAAUUUAACGCUGCCUCCUGGGGCUGUUGACGCAACAGUCGCCGCUUCACAAGUUGUGCCGACACCGCCGUUCAAGACGCCAUCUGGAACAGAAAAACAUAGUUUACUGGGGAAGCCGAAGACGAGUAUCGAGGCGCUGACCGAGACUUUGGAAGAGUUGGAAAUGGAUGAUUCAGCACGAAAUCGUAUCAAAGUGUUCCUCAGUCAAAAGGAGAAAAUUGGCGAACUGUCCGAUGAUGACCUCGAAAAGUUGGGCGAACUGGGUUCCGGUAAUGGUGGUGUGGUCAUGAAAGUCCGUCACAUUCCUACUGAGUUAAUUAUGGCCCGCAAACUUAUACAUCUGGAAGUGAAACCUGCAAUUAAGAAACAAAUUAUACGCGAACUGAAGGUGUUGCAUGAAUGCAACUUUCCACACAUUGUGGGUUUUUAUGGCGCCUUCUACAGCGACGGUGAAAUAAGCAUCUGUAUGGAGUACAUGGAUGGUGGCUCUUUGGAUCUCAUAUUGAAGCGCGCCGGACGCAUACCGGAAUCCAUACUUGGAAAAAUAACAUUGGCAGUGCUAAAAGGACUGAGUUACUUACGUGACAAGCACGCCAUCAUGCAUCGAGAUGUGAAGCCGAGCAACAUACUUGUGAACAGCAGCGGAGAGAUAAAGAUCUGUGAUUUUGGCGUGUCUGGGCAACUAAUUGAUUCCAUGGCCAAUUCAUUUGUGGGCACACGUAGCUAUAUGUCGCCUGAACGAUUGCAAGGUACUCAUUAUUCAGUUCAAUCGGAUAUCUGGUCACUUGGACUGUCAUUGGUUGAGAUGGCUAUUGGCAUGUAUCCUAUACCGCCACCCGAUGCCAAAACUCUCGAAGCGAUAUUUAAUGAUAACCCCGAAGACGGCCAACAGACAGUAGUGGAACCUAAAGUCAUGGCCAUUUUUGAGUUACUAGACUAUAUUGUCAAUGAACCACCACCUAGAUUGGAGCACAAAAUAUUCACUGACGAUUUUAAAGACUUUGUAGACAUUUGUCUCAAAAAGAACCCAGAUGAACGUGCUGAUUUAAAGACGCUACUGAACCACGCUUGGAUACGCAAAGCUGAGAUUGAGGAAGUGGACAUCGCUGGUUGGGUGUGCAAAACAAUGGAUUUACCACCAUCGACACCAAAACGCAACACAUCUCCUAAUUAAAUAUUUCUUAUAAUUAAUGUGCAUUUGCUUUUAUUUCAUUUAUAUAUAUUCACCUCUAAUAAAUGUACUCAGUAAUAAAAACUGCUUGUAAAAGUU